AUGUCACACAACGUUCGCCCCUCGCGGUACGCCGUGUCUCAGUCGAAAGCACGCAUCUUUGUCGGCCAGCUGGAGCCCUACGUCACGGAGCAGGACCUCUACCCCGUGUUCAGCUGCUAUGGCAAGAUCCUGCACCUCAACAUUGUCCGCCACUCCACCACCGUGACGCCCAACGAGGAGCGCCGCAUUCCAACGGCGUUUGUUUGGUAUGAGACAACCACGGAGGCGGAUGCAGCCAUCGCCGCGUUGCACAAUGUGUUCACCUUCUCGUCACCAGACGAGGAGGAGAACAAGGUACGCUACAUCCAGGUGAGCUACGCGGACAAGAGCCCCGAGUGCACCCCGUGGGGCCGCUGGCAAAAGACACAGGCGGAGAUUAUGCGCCGCACGAACCCGUCCGGCACCGGCACCGGAAGCAACAUGCCGGGGCAGUACUCCCACAUCACGGGCGGCGGCCCGAGUACCUACUCGUCGUCUGCCCUCAACAACGACGGCGGCUUUACUGUGUCUGCGACUGGGCCAGCCAUCCGGUCCUCGCAGUCGAGUGGUGACAUCUCCUCGAUGCGCUACCCGCGCAACCCGGCCCGUGGCCUUCGCAGCAUGGCUCCGCACAUCGACCACCCCGAAGUGCAGUACUACAGCAGCUACGACAACCUCUACAAUCUCGGCAACCGCAACCAGCUCUACAGCAUGGGCGGUGCCGCGAACAGCAUGAUGGGCUACACCAAGCACCGCGGCAUGCCACCGCACGAGAGCACCAGCAGCGGCGACCUCGGCCGUGGCUCGACGUCGUCCUUCUGGAACAUGAGCGAGGAAGUGAAGAAGAACACCGCUGCGAACCCGAACCGGUUCCGCCACACGGCCCGCUACACCGCCCCGGAGCCCGACGAGGACCUCAUCAUGGCUGCACCCACCUUUACAGUGACGAGUGGACCGUAA